GCCCCUCCAGCCCAGCCCUGGCACUGUGCCAUCUCUGCGACUCCAGAUGUCACCUUGGUGAUGGGAUGGCUGCGGGGAGUACUUGGCUGCCCGGCAAAGCUGAGCCAGCCUCUGCCAAGCUGCCAGCCAUCGCCUCAGGUGGAUGCUAGCCCAGACCUGGUCUCUGCUGUGCCAGCAUGAAGCCAGAGGAACACCGUGGAUGCACCUAUUGCUCCUUGGGAACCCGCCCGGUGCCUUCGUGACAGUCCAGGAUGGCCACGCCCUGGUACCUGCUGAUGUCCGUGUGGCUCCCGCUGAGCCUUCUCCCCGUGUGCCAAGCUCAGGAGCUCCCUCCAUCUGGGUGCGGCACAGACCUGCCCUUGCUGUACUAUAACCUCUGCGACCUGUCGGCAGCCUGGGGCAUCGUGCUGGAGGCGGUGGCCAGCUUCGGGGCAGUGAGCAGCUUUGUGCUCACCAUCAUCCUUUUGGCCAGCCUGCCCUUCGUGCAGGAUCCCAGGAAAAAGAGCCUGGUGGGGACUCAGGCAUUCUUCCUUCUGGGCACGUUCGGCCUCUUCUGCCUGACUUUCGACUUCAUUGUCAAGCGAGACUUCUCCACCUGCACCUCACGGCGCUUCCUCUUUGGGGUCCUCUUUGGGAUCUGCUUCUCCUGCCUGGUGGCCCAUGCCCUCACCCUUAACUUCCUGGCCAGGAGGAACCAUGGGCUGCAAGGCUGGGUGACCUUUGGCGUGGCCCUGCUGCUGGCCCUGGUGGAGGUGAUCAUCAACACCGAGUGGCUGCUUAUCACCCUGGUGAGGAGCGACAACCCCUCCCCGGACCCCUGCGCUGUGGCCAACGAGGACUUCGUCAUGGCGCUCAUCUUCGUCAUGUUCCUCCUGUUGGCAGCCUUCGCUGCUGCCUGGCCCGCCCUGUGCGGCCGCUACAAGCACUGGAGGAAGCACAUCAUCUUCAUCCUCCUCACCACCUCCCUGUCUAUGACCAUCUGGGUGGUCUGGAUCAUCAUGUACCUCUACGGGAACCAACAGAGGGGGGGCCCAGCCUGGGACGACCCCACGCUGGCCAUUGCUCUGGUGGCCAAUGCCUGUGUCUUUGUCGUCUUCUACAUCAUCCCUGAGGUCUCCCACGUGACGCGUCCGUGCCCAGAGCAGACCUACGAGAACGACAUAUACCCGACCAGGGGCGUGGGCUACGAGACCAUCUUAAAGGAGCAGAAGUCCCAGAGCAUGUUUGUGGAGAACAAGGCCUUCUCCAUGGAUGAACCCUCCUCAGCCAAGAAACCGGUGUCACCUUAUAGCGGGUAUAACGGGCAGCUGGUGACAAGUGUAUUCCAGCCCACGGAGAUGGCUCUGAUGCACAAAGGGCCCUCUGAAGGCAACUACGACGUCAUUCUUCCCCGGGCCACCGUCAACAGCCAGGCAAUCAGCAGUGCCAACUCUACCCUACGUGCAGAGGAUGCCUAUGCGGCACAGAGCUGGCAUGCAGCAGCCCAGAAGGAUGGCAGGGGCAUCCAGGCUCCCUCUCCAUACAGCAAGAGCAGGUGGUAGAGAUCCCCGCCCUGGCUCCUACCGCUCUAGAAACACCGGCAAUCCCCUUCCUCCAAAGAGGGCACCUGUCUCCUUCCCCACCUGUGGACAUUCAAGCCAAGGCCAAUGACGUCCUAGAGCCUCCUGCAGGGCAGGUCAACGCCCAGAAGAGGAGCGAGAAUCCAGCUUCUUCCCCACCCAGCCGUCCCCAGCGGGGACCCAGAAACUCUGCUAAACACUGGCUUGGCCCUCAGCCCCACUAUGCUAUUGGUCUUCCUACUGGGGAUGCUGGACUGCACAGGCUGCCUAUGGGCUGGGAUACUCCAGGAGCUGCUGAGGUUGGGUCCUGAUCAUGGGAACGGCCUUUCCUGUAAACCCCGGGGCCCCU